UUCUAUCCAUAAAAAGUAUUUAUCCCUUCUCCUCCAACAAAUCAACCUCAAAAAAAGAACUAAAAAGAAAAAAAACCAGUCCAACACCCACAGCGGCGUUGACAGAGAGAAAAGAAGCACAUGAGGUCAUUUGGUGGUGGCAGCAGAGGCAUGGGCGGAGGAGGCAGCGGUGGUGGGAGCGUGCAGAUGCUACGAAGUGUUCAAAGGGCUGUGAGAGCCCGAACUGUCGGCGGUGGGGGUGGCGCAGCCCAUGAACCUUUCUCUCAUACUCACCCCUCCACUACCAACACCGCUACUACUACUAAUCUUGGUAGAACGAGACAAACUACUUGUAACAAUAACAAGAACCAGCCCAUCACGCUUUCUUCUUCUUCUUCUUCAACAGCUUCAUCUGCUAUAUUUUCUACAUGCAACAAUCUCCUGCCAACAACAAUAUCAACUGCUGCACCACCCGCCUGGCCUUCUUCGUGUUCAUCGCCUACGUUUACGGAUGAUUCUGAUUGGGAGUGUAUCGAUGACUGUUAUGAAGACUUCGUUUUUGGGACCGUUCCAUCCAAGGACGAGGUCCAUCAUGCAGUUUUUGCUCUCCAGGAGGCACUAGAUCCAGCCUCAGCUAAAUAUUUGAUCGACGACAUACCUGCAUACAAUUUGGAUGCUGACUUAGGUGGUCAAGUAUCUGGCCUCACCGGUUCCCUGCAAAGAUCUUCUCCAUUUGGCAGCCAGUUGGAUUGGAUGGAGCCCUCAUUGCAACUCUGCAGCCAGAGCACGUUGCAGGCUCAUGAGCGAGUUCAUGAUGCUUUGCACUUGCUCAGGAACGAACCUUCAGUUCAGAGAAUGGUGGUAUCACUAUCUUCUGAUAAAGCUGUUUGGGAUGCUGUGUUGAAUAAUGAGGUAGUUCAGGAGCUCAGAGGGUCUCUCAGUCAAGGUAAAAAUCCUGCUGAGAAGUCAGAUGAUGGUUCUGAUCCAGCAAGAGGCUUUCUAAGUUGGGUAAUUGUCAACACCAAAGCGACAGUCAUGGAGCUUGUUGACAAGAUUACGAAGCUAGUAAAUGAACUAUUCCGCACCGAAGGAGGAGGAGGAGACAGGACAGCUGAUAGAAGAGCAGAUCCUUUUGAUGAAAAGCUGAGAGCAUCGUUUCUGCUCUCGGUCGUGGUUAUGCUAAUCGUGGUCGCGGCUCGAUCAAGCAAGGCAUGAUCAUAGUACUCUAAUUUGUCGACCUAACCGGUGGCUUUUCCUGCUGUGUAGGAAACGUUCUGUUGUACAUCGAAUUUUAAGUGGUUUUGUAAGAGAAAAUGACAUUCAUGCAUCUGUUUUAU